AUGGCACCGAAGACCUUCCUCCUCGUAGCCCUCAGCCUGGUCCUCGUAUUCGCCGUGGCCAGCGCAUGCGGCACUAGCUGCCCGACGCCGGUGACGCCCACGCCGGCGACUCCGACGACGCCCACGCCGUCCUACAGCAAGUGCCCCAAGAACGCGCUCAAGCUCGCCGCGUGCGCCAACGUGCUGGGCCUCGUCAGCGCCGAGGUCGGCAAGCCACCAGCAGAGCCCUGCUGCAGCAUCCUCGGCGGCCUCGCCGACCUCGAGGCCGCCGUCUGCCUCUGCACGGCCAUCAAGGCCAACGUGCUCGGCAUCAGCCUCGACAUCCCCGUCAAGCUCAGCCUCCUCGUCAACUACUGCGGCAAGAGUCUCCCAAGCGGCUUCAUUUGCGCAUGA